AUGGUAAGACCAACUAAUGAAGUUCCUCCAAAGCUUAUAGCCACAUAUGGAAAACAUUUCAAGUUUCUUGGAAGAGAAGAAACAGCAGAGCAGCUUUGGAAUGGAACUUUAAAUAAAAAUGGUGUUAAAAAACGCUAUUAUGCACACUGGAAUAAAAUUAAGGAUUGUAAUUUUCAUCCGAUUCCAUUCAUUGCAGCAGGGCCUGAAUUGGUAGAUAAUGCUGUGUUGAUUGAUAUUACAUAUGGGAAUGGUUGUGCUGCUUCUGCAACAGAUAGUAAUAUUGGUGGUGAAACAAGUUUGUCAUUAAGGGUUCUCUAUCGAUAUUUUGUGGAAGGAUAUCCUAAUUUAGAAUUUUCUGGUUUUGUUGAUAUCAUAAAAAAUACCUUUCUCAAUGUUGGUGACUUUGGUCUUGAAAAUGUACUCAAUGCCAUUGCAUUGGACAUUAAGAGAGAAAAGAUAAUGAUUAUUAACUGUAUAGAUGAAGUCAACAAAUUAUAUGGAUUAGAUGAUUCAACUUUUAAGACUAUGGUAAAUGCUGUUGGUUCUUGUAGUUGUGCAUUGAGUUCAAUAUUUUAUGUUCCCCUACUUGCUGGAACUAUUUACAAGCCUUUGCAGAAUAUUGUCACAAAAUCCACACACCCACCUUUACCUAUUUCUCUUCCACUAUUAAGGAUGGACCACAUGUUAGAAAUUGGACAAGGAUUGCAAUUUCCAGUUGAAACAAACAGUCAUUUUCAUCGAUGCCUUGGUGAUAUUGUUAUGACUGAUGUUUGUGUAUUAUUAAAUGAACAUUAUGAACUUGAGGAAUUCACUCAUGAUAAUUCUGAUAUUAUUGCUGGUUGUCUGCUGGAUGAAAUGAUGAUUCUUGAUGAAAGAAUAAAGGAGCUAAAGCAAUAUGGAAUUGUAGUUUUAGAGGAGGCUCAUAGUUAUCCUGGACAUGUAUAUUUGCGUUUGCAAUAUAUCAUGCUUUGGUGCAUGACUAGAGUAUCAAACAAGUCAAAUAAAUUAUACCAAUUAUGGAAACCAAUGAUUGAAUCUGAUGAAUUAUUUCUAUGGCAAAACUGGGAAGAUUUUAAUGUUAGAUUUUUGGCAUUAAAGUUUUGCUUACUCUCUGUUUAUGGUUAUAAAGAAAUUAAAGCAUGUGAUUUUUUAAAAAAUGCAUAUUGUGGUGAUAUGAUUAAAAACAUCACCAUAAAGAUUCCAGAUUGGAAAGAUGUUGAAGUUCAUUUCAUAAAAGAAAGAUUUCCAGGGAAUGGUUCUUGGACAGUCACAGAUAUAUAUUCCAAUGAGAAGCUUUUCAUAAAAGAAAAAAAACUUACAGUUUAUAAAAAUGGAGAAUCAGCACCAUUUGAUAGAAACUGCACACCCCAGAAGAUUACAGCUAAUAUGAUUACCAAAGAAUAUGAAUCUACAAAAAAGACACUUAUUGAUAAGCUUAGCCUUCAAGAUGAUGAUUUUAUUUUUAUUUUAUUAUCAAUAUGUCCACUGAGUGAAGAAAUUGAUCUUGAGACUAUGUCUAAAGAUGUUAAAAAUGCUGCUUUAAUAUGUAAGAAUAAUUUUUGUGACUUUUAUGGUUUUACUUAUGCUACACGAGCUCAAUUUGCAGCAGCACAGGGAAAAAUUAAUGUUAAUACAGCUAAAUUUUGGGAAUUAAGAUUAAUAAAUGGAGUUGGUGAAAUUUUAGCAAAUGAUAUUGUUGAAAAAUGUAAAAGAGAUCAUUUUGUUGAAGAAGAUGAUUUAUGUAGACGCACAAAGUUUCCAAAACAUGCUGCGUCAUUGAAUUUAAAAAGAUAUAGAUUCUUCCAGAGAAGACAACAUUCUGAUCAAAUUGAAAAUGCAUGCAUAAUGUCAAGUGAAAUUUCAGUUGAAGAACUUGAUGAAACUUUUAACCGAAUUGCUUUAUCAAUUACCAAUGGAAAUGAUCUUUUUGGACAAGAUGAUAACCUUGAAGAUGUUAGUCAUCUUGAUGAUAAUUGUGAUGAAGAGGUUAUAAAUUUGGAUGGUGUUAAUGAUAGCCAUUUAAUUAUUACUGAAAGCAUUGAUUUGAAUUCAAGUUUAUUGUCUAAUAAUAAUAUUUUAUCAAAUGAAAUUUAUGAAGAAAAUGAUAUUGAUCAUGGAGAUACAAAUUUUGACAUUGAUGAAUUUGAUGGAAAAGAGGAAGAUGACAAUAAUAAUAGUGAAGACCCGACAUAUACUGAAGAAAUUGUUGAUUUGUCAUUUGUUGAAUCUGAUGAAAAGAAAGAUAAAAUUAAGUUAACCCCAAAUGAUUUGAUAUCAGAUGGCAUUCUUGAGAUAAAUCAUAUAGGAUUAUAUAAUCAAAAGUUAUAUCAAAUAAUUAUAAAGAAUGAAUAUUUGGGUAGUUUUACAUAUAUUGAAUGGCAUGAUUCAAUGUGUUUAACAAAUCAAGAAAAUGCUUUCGUUCAUAAUUAUAUUUUAUAUGGAUCAAUUACUAUUCCAGAUAGAAUAGAUGAAGAUUGA